UAGAUUGUGAUUAGCUUGCUAAUCACAUUUUGGCUCUCUCGCUCGCCGGAUCUCGUUCGCCUCCGACUCCGACCACGAUUCCGAUUAACUCGCCGCCUCCAAAGGGAAAAACUACCCCGCCGGAAAGGUUCUGAUCGGCGGUGAGGGUGGUGCCAUCAUUCCCGUCAGUGUUCUUUCUCUUUUCUUUUUCGCCUUUUCCAUUUCUCUCUCUCUCUCUCCCUCGUUUUCACCGGGGAAAAGGUUAACGGCGGGCGAUUCUCCGUUCCAGUCGUCUUGCACGGAGACGGCGGUGGCGACAACAUUUUUUUUUCAUGUCAUUGUAUAGUUUCAUCUGAUUAUGGGUGAAGAAGACAAAACUUUCAUCCUUGCUACCCUAUGGGCAGAUGCCAUGGUACUUGCAGGUUUGCUUAUCCGAUUUCACCUCUUCUGAUCUGGACAUCGACUUCCUCUUUUACUUAAACUGCAUCGGACUUCUGUUUUAGCAGCAGCAAAUCCCGUUGGUGGUCACUACAAGUAGUUUUCCUAAUGUUUGUUCUUUAAGCUUGUGUCAAGAACGUUACGGGCUUGAAUAAUAUGUUUGCCGUGACGACAUGAUUAUGAAUCUGGAUGAUUUUGUUGGGUGACUCUUCUUGUCCUUGGUUUCGGUUAUUUCCUCUUCUGUUUCCACUGUCAUAUGCUGCUUUAAUGAAAGGCAAAGCUAUAUAUCUUGCUUACAAAAAGUUAUUGCAGCUUCUUUGGGCUGUUUCUUGUGUGUUUGGCAUGAAAACCACUUUGCUGCCUUUACUCCCCGUCCUCUACUACAUCUCCGAUGCAUUUACUUGUCAGGUUCUGUGACUCCUAAUUUUCGGCUGAAUUUCCAAGAAUUUGUUCGGUCUCUUGUGUUCUUGACUUCUGAGUUAUGAUGGUCGAUCACGAUGCUGAUAAUUUUGAUUUUCAAUUUCGGAUUUUGUCCUGGUUCAAAAUUGUGAUCAGGGUCGUGAUUGUUUGUUAUAUCCGAGAUCAUUUCGGGUUAGCCAGCGCGCAAUCGCUUGGAAUUCUGGAGAUUGGAGAAGGUUCCUGCUGCUUUGUGCGCGAGCAGAAUCGACGGUGAUGGAAUCAGAGAGGUUAUGGUUUGAGAGUUGAUCUUGAAGUUGAAUCUGGUCCGCUUCCUGCAUAUGUCAACCCAAAGAUUUUGAUCGAGAAGGGGAUCAGACAGGAACACGUCUUUCUUAACAAAGACUUUCAAGAAGCAGUUGCAGGUGCUGCUGCCAUCUCAACUGGUAUGCAUUUUUCUCAUCUCUUACAAUUUUUCUUCCUCGGUGCAAACACGUUUGUAUUAUCGUUCUUGUGGGACAUUGAAAGCCUUGAGCCCUGAAAACAAGCAGCAGUGAUAGAGCUCCUUACAGGCAUUGAAGAGAAGAGUUAUUGCUGGUUUGGCAUUCAUAGCCAGCUACAAUUCCUAGGCAAUCUCUGAGCCAGUUUGGUCCUCUCUUGUGACAUCUGUUUUCAUCUCCUGUCGUCCCACAAACAAAAACCUCCAAAUUCCGAAUCCAAAAUCGAAAGUCUCUCCGCUCAGAUCAGUCCCACCGUUCCCCUCUUUCCUCCGGCGAAAACCUAAACUCUUUCGGCCGGAGGAAGAUUGUUUCUUCGGAGCAUCGAAAAGAAACUGGCGGAGAGAUUACGAACAACGAGAUGGGUGUUUUGGGGAUGAUCCUCCAUUACUGAAGCUUCAAUCUCCUCUAUUUGUCCAAUGCCCAAGUCGGUUUAAGGCCAGUUCUCAUCUGGGUUUUCCUUAUAAUCCAAACUUUUUUGCGGUUUCUCGGAUUCUCAAGUUGCGGUUUUUGCGGCAAUCGGUUAGGUAACGGAUGACGAGUGGGUCUAAUUCUAACCAAAACCACCAGGAGGAUGGUGGGGCAAUGAACAACAACAACAACCCUGGUACGAGGUCGUGGGGUACGGGGGCGUCCGGACAAUCGGUGUCCACGAGCGGCAGUGUUGGGUCGCCGUCGAGCCGGAGCGAGCUGGUCACCAUGGCCACGCCGGCGAGCGACAGCACCUUUCUCCGGCUGAACAAUUUGGACAUUCAGGGCGACGAUGCCGGUUCUCAGGGAGCUGUUGGUGGCAAGAAGAAAAAGAGGGGCCAACGGGCAGUUGGACCUGAUAAGAGUGGGAGAGGGCUACGGCAAUUUAGCAUGAAAGUUUGUGAAAAAGUGGAAAGCAAGGGAAGGACUACUUACAAUGAGGUUGCAGAUGAGCUUGUUGCUGAAUUUGGCGAUCCUGGGAACACUGGAACAUCUCCGGAUCAACAGCAACAAUAUGACGAAAAAAACAUAAGAAGAAGAGUAUAUGAUGCUCUGAACGUUCUCAUGGCGAUGGAUAUCAUAUCAAAGGAUAAAAAGGAGAUUCAAUGGAAGGGUCUUCCUCGUACCAGCAUUAGUGACAUCGAAGAAUUAAAGAACGAACGUCUCACAUUGAGAAACAGGAUCGACAAGAAAGCUGCAUAUCUUCAAGAACUGGAAGAACAAUAUGUUGGCUUGCAGAGCCUGAUACGAAGAAAUGAACAGUUAUACAGCUCUGGAAAUGCUCCAAGCGGCGGAGUUGCACUUCCCUUCAUCCUCGUUCAGACACGGCCUCAUGCAACGGUUGAAGUGGAAAUAUCUGAAGAUAUGCAGCUGGUACACUUCGAUUUUAACAGCACCCCAUUUGAGCUCCACGACGAUAACUUCGUCCUAAAGUCGAUGAAGUUCAACGAGAGGCCACCACCGAGCAAUGAUCAGAUGGCUCACAAUGUCCCAUCAGAAAACGCCAUCCAAGGCCAUGGCUCUAUUCCACAGCCUCAGAUCAUUCCUACCCCACGAGCCAAUGCCGCUUCUACUUCCACGUCGUCACCGCCUCUGAUCCCGGGGAUCAUAAAGGCGGCUCGUGUUAAGCCCGAGCUUUGAAACCUCGGACGGUUUACAAAAAAUGCACGCAGGCAUUGUUCUCUCAGGUUCUGUUGUAUAUUCGUGUAAAGUCUGAGGCUUGAGGUCUUAUCUAUAUUGGUCCGCUCGAGAAUAGCCGGUUCAGUUUCACAGUACCGAUGGUUUACCGGUUUGGUAGUACCAAAGCUAGGUACGUGGUUCGAUGGUUAGGAACUUGAUUCUGUUUCUGUAUGUGUUCCUCCCUGGUUCUGGGGUUAGUCUUUUUAGGUUGUAUUUCAUUUGUAAUAGAAAAAAAAAAUAGAUUUGUAAGAUUUAGGGAAUCUAAAUUUGGCAUUUUUGUUAUAAUGUGUCGAUUUUUAGACCACUAAUUAUGUGAUACUGUUCUGUAUUCGAGACAUAACCGGUUAUCGGUCUAAUAGUUAAAUAUGAUUUGGUCUAAUAGUUAAAUA